AUGGAGAGUGCAGAGAGCGACAGAGAGGAUGAAAGCAGAGAGAAACCUCAUCCUGUGCCUCCAUCUGUCCAGGAAGGCAGCUGCAAUUUGCUACUUGAGAAAGGAGAUGACCGUGAAAGCAAAGAAAACCUAGGAGCCAAUAGCAGCUGCCUAGAGAAUCCGUAUCUGUUCAAUGAAAGACUUCGAAUAGAAGAAACAAUGACACUAGAGUUUGUGGCUGUAACGUCAGAAAAGUUCAGGUUUUCUGAAGAGACAUCCAAGAUCUGUGUUGCUUUUUACAAGCAACCUGGACAAUACCAGGAAUUUGCUGUUCUGAAAAAAAGAGGAAAAGUGAUCACGGGCCAUGCAAUGAUCCCCAUUUCUGACCUACAGAGAGGACCAAUUUUUUAUAAAUAUGCUAUCCUUAACAAUGUGCUCUUACCUGACUAUGAAAUGAGAUUGUGUGAUUUAGAGCAUAUUUAUGAUACGGAUUCCAAGAAUACAGAGAGUCAAUUACAUCGAGUCAUAAACAUUCCCAAGGAAAAGAUCAAAGCAGAUGUACCCCGAAAGUCAGUCAACUAUGGUAUCGUAGAACACCUUGCAGAUGAAUUUCUCCAGCCCAUCAGGCUCCAGAAGGGCUUUAGGAACAUAGAAAGGAAACUGAAGAUCUACACGGAGACAUUCAAAAUCUAUCUUGGGGAUGCAGCAAAAGGAAAUACCCAAUCUCCAAUUAAUCUUCCUGAGCAAGUGUUACGUGAUAACAUGAAAAAGUUCAUGGACAAGAUCAUUGGAUUCCUGGAGAAAGAGGAGCAUAAAGAUGAUGGGCUGCUUUUUGCCUUACACAUUUUAUCUUGUUAUAAAAUCCCACUCAGCAAAGAGAUAAUCGUCAAGGCUGAAAAACUCUUCCAGGACAUUGGCCCGUUUCAAGGCAAAUUCAAGCAUCUGAGGGGAAAGAGGAAAGUCCUGGCAAUGAUUGAGAUUCACAAGUCAUUAAUUGAAAGCUGCUUUCCACUGGCAAAGACAGUCUUGGAGAUGUUGGCACUGAAGAAUUUCACCAAGGACUCCCUGCUCCAAAUCAAGCUUCCACCUCAGCUUCUCCUGGAUACUGUGUACCAACGCAUUGUUAACAUCCUCUGUAAACCAUCCCAAGUGCACGAAAAGGAUUUGAAUGGAGUUUUGAACAACAUUGCCAAAAGGAUGGAAUUCUGGUUCGAGGACUUGUGCCUGCCAGGGAGUACGGAGCAGCUGACAAACACCACAAAUAGGGAGGAUGCCAUGCCGUGUCUGCUUUCAACAUAUGCGUUGCUUUCACUUUCCUUAAAGCAGUGGCAUGCAGUGCCAUUUAGCUUGAUAAUGUCACUGCUAAGGAUACUUCACAUGUUUGCUGCAAAAUCAGACGUGUUGCAAGCAAAUCAGCAGUUUAUUUCAGAAAGGUUCAAUGAGUUUGGAGAUUACAUCAGCGAGUGGCUGGAAAAAUCGUUGCCCAGGCCACCCACGGAAAAUAGGCAGUUCCUAGAGAACAUCAAUGUAUGGCAUAAGCUGUUCUUGUUUGAGAUCCUCUGUGUGGAAUGGACCCAGAAAUGGCAACGCCUGAUAUACAGCAUGGUUGAAAGAUGGCUGGGGAAAGUAGAUGGCAGAAAACUUCUGGAUUUCUACUUGGAAUUCAUGAAGAAGGACAAGUGCUGGAAUACAAAUCUGGAGAGCUGUUUUACAGAUUGUGUCAUUCAAAGGAUUGAAUGCUUUGAGAAAAGUGAGGUAGGAAAAAUGGUUUCCAAAGUCCUCAAGACAAACAGGUCCACUGUCGGGAAAGUGCUUUCUGCUGUUAUUGAGAAAAUAUUCUCAGACAAUAUGAACAUGUUGGAAAAAGGAGACAGAUUUGUUGACAGCACAGGCCCAAUUCUCACUGAGGUUCUCAGCUCUUCUGUGGUCUAUGAUCUCCUCUCCACUUUCAAUUCCUCUGUCUCCAACUGUAUAUCAACAGUGCUGAAAGACAGAAAGGAGGAAUAUGAGCAACUGGAAGAGCAGAAGAAGCACAGGCGCUCAUUUCUGCGUCUAUGCAGCAGCAUAGAUGGUGUCAUAAGAGUGGAUAGAAGUGCUGUGGAGAAAAGCAUCAGUGAAAGAGGAAGUUUUAAGGAUCAGAUGUCUGCAAACAUAUUCUCUGUGAAUGGCAAUAAAAUUCCUAAAUUGCACUUCCUUGCAAAAUACAGUGAGAUGAUGAAAAAAAUUCAUAUCUUAGAGGAAAGCAAUUAUUUUCGGAGACUGUGGAAGCAAAAAGCAAAGCAAAAAGCAAAGCAAAUCAAAGCCAUAAUUCCCAAAAAGAAAAUUUUCUUCUUGAUAGAAGAUGUGCAAGAAAACAUUUAUAAGCCAGCCAUUGCUGAAUUUCAGAGUACCUAUCUGGCCCUCAAAGACUUUUCCAUCACCCUUGGGACUGUGCAGAGCCAUUUUGAGAAGCAGUUAUCAAAUGAAAGCCAACUCACAAAGGAAUUUAAAAUUAUGGAGAGGAGCGAAGGGAAAGAGAAUGGAAAAGCUGCCUGGAUAGAUGCUGCAGUAGAGAAGAUUAAAAACUACCUGACCCUGUCUACAGUGGUGAACACUGCCAAGAUGAUUGAUGAACUGCGGAAGACACUUGAGCUUAAUGGAAAUUUUCAGAUUCUCAACGACCUAACAAAAUAUGAAGAGCAGGAAUUCAGGAAUAAGAGACUUGAUUAUAUGACCCAGGACUUAAUGCAGGUGAAAAAUAGCUUGAGCAACCUCCCAGAAGAAAUGUUAGACUUUUUGAGGGAACUUCUUGAAUGCACAAGGACAGGCUUUGUCUCUUGGAUCAAAACCAUAAUAAAAGAUAAAACAGAAAUCCCUGUGUUUGUGGAACUGGCAUCAAUUUCUGCAGGUGAAAAUGACAUUGAUAUUGAUAAAGUGCGGUUCUUCCGUGAUGCCAUGGUUGCUUCAGCACCCAUUAUAUUUGACCUGACACCCACAUCUGGAUUUGAACAGCUCUCUGCAGCACUAUCAUUCAUCAGUGAAGCCACCGCAAAAGACAAUAAUCUGCCCAAGAAGUUGAAAGAUUCUUGUGAUAACAAAGAGUGGAUACAGAUGGUUCAUGACUCUCAUGGCUCCAUAGAGUGUUCCUCAAUCUCUCAAGCCAAAGACAUCAACAGCAGUGGGAUUUUUAUCGUCUCAGCACCUCAAAAAUUCAAGGCUUCCCUUGAGGACUGUAUUUCAGUGCUACUGCUGAAGGAUACCACAGAGGAAGCUUCUCAGACAGAUCUGAAGGCUAAAUACAGCCUGGCUCAGCUCACAGAGCUCCAGCACAAGCUUGUGUUGAUCACCACAAAAACUGAGCAAGGCGGAGAGGAGGCAAACCGCUUCCUGGAGAUCCUGGAAAAGGUUCAAAUGGUUGGAAAGUUGUACUUACAGCUUCUUAGUGUUGGCAAUAUCCUCUUCACAGACUGGAAGGCUGAUAUCUACUGCAAUCCCCAACACAGGGUAAAAGUUUAUACAGAAUUUGGAAUUGCUGGCAUCCUUGUUCAGAGCACCAGACCCAUCCUGGAGGAACUGGAUGGCCUUUGUAAAGCAAUGGAACACUGCCUGGUAGAGUGGAAGAAGUAUCUGGAGACUCAAAGGGACACCUACUGUCAUCUUAACCUUUUCACUGCACACCAGCUCUUCUAUUUAUGCAGCCAACUGGCCAAAUCUCGCAAUGGUGUAAUAGAGCCACAGAUUCUUAAUAUGCUUUCUGUCAUAAAGCACGACAUUAAAGCAGAAGAUGUUAGAAAAGCUCUGGAGCAAGCCCUCAUGACUCCACUUGACUCUGUCAACACAUCAGCAGGACUAAAGGAGUCUGUUACCUGGCAUGACUAUGUCAUUCGUUUUCCCCAGCUCAUCAAAAGCCUCACUGAAUCUGGCUACGAUACGUCAGUGGCAAAGGCAGCCCUGCAGAGCUGCCUUCCAAAUUCUGACAUUACAGAGCAGAAGCUCAUGAAUUUUGCCUUUGAUCGAGGCAAUAACAAGGAAGAGGUUGAAAAUCUGAGCAAAUUAUAUGAUGAGCAGAGAGAAGCCUUUCUGCAGAAGUCAAGGAAGUUUAGAAACGAGACCAGAGAUGCUGACCAGGCAACUCUUAGCAACCUUGCAGAAGAUGAACUGGCCACGUCCUUUGAGAGUUUGCCGUCCAUCUGUGACAAGGUGAAUCUGCUCUGGGACGCUUACUGUAAGAAAUUCAGUGGCCUUGUGUCAGACAAAUACAUCAGCCUGGAUGUCUUUGGUGAAACACUGAAGCAAUUAGCAGCUCUUGAAACCACAUGUAUCAAGAGACAUUUACCCGUAGGCCUUGAAGCCAGGAAACCUUCUCUCAUCAUGUGUAAAGAAGAAGAAAUGUUACUCUACAUGCUUUCUGUUUACAGACACACCAAGACAGCACCUCUCCCAACAUACGAUGAGGUCCUUGUGUGCACACCCGACACAGAGGAGGAAGAAGUGGAGCUGAUUGUUAGGAGAGCUCUUUCAUCGGAUUCUCAAAAUGAGAAAAUCUACUGCUUGCUUGGUGCUGAGAAAUUAGUGUACAAAGUUUCCAAACAACUAGAGUCCCACUUCUUCCGCUUUCUGCAAUCUUCUACAGUCCCUGACUACAGAUUCAUUAUCUUUUGCAAUGCCAAAGCUCACAAUUCUUAUGUUAUCACAGCCUUCGACACCUACAAAGUUACUAUCCCGUGCUACUCUGAGACAGAAAUCCAGGCAUACUUGAGCACACACCUCAAAGUGCCUUGCAAGUCUCUCUUCGUGGACAAUACCCUCCAAAAGAUCCGUGCCCGGCUGGAUGAUUUACCAGUGGUUCACAAAACCAUUAGGCUGAUGGAGUCAGAGAUUGAUUUCCAGUUCCUUCUGGAGGAGCUACUCUCUGUUGAGGAAUUCCCAACUGAAACUCAACCCACUGUCUUCCAUAUUGAUGUGUCACCAGUGGUGUCAACAGGUCUCUACCGGCUGCUGAUUGAGCUAUGCAUCCUAAGACACAUCCAGAGUCCAGACGGUUUGGUCUGGAAGUGCAGAUCCUCUCAUCUUUACCUGAUUGAGUGCCUAGCAAAAGGGAAAGGCUUUAGCAGAAUACGGAAAAAAGAGAUGUCCAGUGAAACAGAAGAAAAGUUCCUGGAUCUUUUUCCUGCAGUGAAUUGUGUAUCACCAAGGCGGGCACUUGAAUUGCUGGAACACCCCAGUUCUGGUCGUCUUUCUGAAAUUAAAGAGGAGCAGUUUGACCAAGACAAGUUAAAAAGUGAAGCUUUCCAGAGGUCUUACCAGUACCUCAGCAGAUACAAGAGGAAGGAAGACCUUGACCAUUUCCUUUUCAUCCCUGAGAUGACUGAAGGGACAGAGAAAGAGUGCCUGAAGCUCUUACUGGAGUUCUGUGGGAGGCACAACCCUUCCUGGACUGAGCUUAGCAACUUCACUCAUUUCUUAAGCUUCCAGCUAAGCAAGUGUGAGAAAUCGGUUUUCUGUAGCCCAGCAGUCGGAAAGGAUUUCCAGGGGUUUAAAACAUUUGUGGUAAAGUUCAUGAUCACCAUGUCCAAGGACUUUGCUGUGCCCUCUCUUGACAUUGCUGAUGAAAGUGUGUCAAGUGCAGAAAAUGAUGAUGAGGAAAACAGCAUUAUAAGACAAUACCAGCUAAGACGAAAAUGGGAACAAGAGUCCCACCCCUACAUAGUCUUCCAUGCAGACAACGACUCCAUGGAGUUCUUGGGUUUCCACAUCAACAAUAAGUUGGAUGCUAUUGAUGCCCAUUCUCAAGCUGUUUUGGAAAGGAAUGUUAUCAAAGAUGAAUUAUACCGCACUUUGAAAGCCCAGCAUGUUCCUUUCAAUAAGAAGUUUGAAGAUUUGCCCAGAACAAUGCAGCUAAAGGCCCUUUGCAGAGUUUUUGGUGUGAGCUACACCCAAGAUCCAGAUGAAUCAUAUCAGCUGACACUGGACAACACCAUGAAGAUGCUUGCCAUUCAUCUGAGGUUUCAGUGUGGGAUCCCUGUAAUCAUCAUGGGUGAAACAGGUUGUGGGAAAACAAAGCUUAUUCAGUUCAUGUGCAGCCUGCAAAGGGCAGGCAGGGACAUUCAGAACAUGGUGGUAGUACGUGUUCAUGGUGGCACUACCUCCAAGAUCAUCCGCAAGAAAGUUAGGCAGGCAAUUGAGCUGGCACGCAUCAACGAAGAAAGGCACAAAGUGUAUACUGUACUCUUUUUUGAUGAAGCAAACACAUCGGAAGCUAUCUUUGCAAUUAAAGAGGUGCUGUGUGAUUCCAGCAUAAAUGGAGAGAAGAUUCUCACUGACAGUUUAAAAAUAGUAGCUGCUUGCAACCCUUACAAAAGACACACCAAGGAAACCAUAGAGAAACUUGAAAAAGCUGGCUUGGGGUACCGAGUUCGGAGUGAAGACACACUGGAGAAAAUAGGCUACGUUCCUUUGCGACAGCUGGUAUAUCGAGUUAAGCCUCUUCCACCUAGCUUAUUGCCUCUUGUCUGGGAUUUUGGAGAGCUGAAUGAAAAGACACAGAGCUUGUACAUCAGAGAGAUUGUAAAAUCCGCCAUGAAGAACAAGAUCAGCAUGGGAAAUUUGGACAUCUUUACCAGUGUCAUUUCAGCCUCCCAGAAGUUCCUCAGAAAGAAGAAAGAUGAAUGCAAAGUUGCCAGUCUUCGGGAUAUAGAGCGCUGCAUGAGCGUUGUGCUGUGGUUUUAUAAAUUAAGAGACCUGUUAUUUCCUCUAAUUGAUGAGAAGAAGUACAAAAAGGAACAGGAGCCAAUCUUAAAUGAUGCACAAAGGGCCUUGGUCCUUUCAGUGGGAGCUUGCUAUUAUGUAUCUCUGGAGAGCCGCAAAGAUUACCUGGAGGAGGUCGCAAAAUGCUUUUCUGUCCCUGCAUCCCUUCUGAAGCAAGAGAUUGAGCUUUGCCAAGAGGUGUUUCUUGAUAACCUCUCUGUUCCUGAGGCAACAGCCUGCAAUGAUGCUCUGAGAGAAAACAUCUUCAUGAUAGUUUUAUGCAUGGACCUACGAGUUCCACUCUUUCUGGUUGGGAAGCCUGGAAGCUCAAAAUCUCUGUCUAAAACCAUUGCUGUAAAUGCCAUGAAGGGCAGGCUGUCCAAACGCCCAUUGUUCAAAAGAUGCAAGGAGAUCCAGCUGCUGUCUUUUCAGUGUAGUCCCCAUUCAAAGCCAGAAGGGAUCAUGUCCACUUUCCGACAAUGUGCACAGUUCCAGAAGGGAAAGAAUCUGGAUGAAUUUGUGUCCGUGGUCCUCCUGGAUGAAAUCGGCCUCGCAGAAGACUCACCAGAGAUGCCGCUGAAGACACUGCACCCUCUUCUUGAAGAUGGAUGUGUUGAUGAUGAAAACCCAGAACCUUACCAAAAAGUUGGCUUUGUGGGCAUUUCAAACUGGGCUCUAGACCCUGCCAAAAUGAACAGGGGUCUCCUUGUAUUUCGGACUGACCCUGACAAAGAAGACCUAAUUAAAACUGCAGAGGGCAUCUGUGCUGCACAGUGUCAUCUUCAAGGCAUUGAGGAUUUCUUCCCUGUGCUAGCAGAAUUCUACUGCAAGGUGCUAAAAACACAAAAAGUUGAGUUCUUUGGGCUCCGUGAUUUCUAUAGCUUGAUCAAAAUGAUACUGUCCUAUAGCCAGGACAAGAAUGAGGUGUAUCUUCCUCCUGACUUGGAAACCAGCCACACACUUCAUUUGCUGAAGGAAAAUAUGGGCAAACAGCAGGCAGGCUUAGUGUCUCGGUACCUCCUGCUGCUGACAGUCAACAACGCAGCUUUUCACAUCAUCCAGAUGACACAGCUUAUAGAUACUGAGAACUGUGAAAUCAUAUUUGGCUCUGGUUUUCCACAGGACCAAGAUUAUUCCCAAGUAUGCCGGUCUGUCAGCAGAGUGAAGAUCUGCAUGGAGACAGGCAGACCUGUUGUUCUUUUAAAUAUACACAACCUUUAUGAGAGCAUUUAUGAUGCACUCAACCAGUGUUUUGUUCACCUGGGGGGAAAUUCCUAUGUGGACUUGGGUCUUGGCACUCACAGGGUAAAGAGCCGUGUGAAAGAUGAGUUCAGACUCAUUGUGAUAGAGGAGAAGAACAUAGUCUACAACCAGUUCCCUACCCCUCUGCUAAACCGGCUCGAGAAGCACUGCUUGGACAUGAACACCAUUCUGAACUGGCAGCAGCAACAGCUGAAGCAGGACCUGCAGACCUGGGCCGGGUUGUUUGUCUCUAUUGACAGCAGCAAGUUCUCCAGUCUUUGGUCCACCAAGCUCAGCCCCAAGGAAGAGGACGUCUUCAUCGGUUUCAGCAAUGACACGUGUGCAGUUGUUGCUUUGGAGAGCACUCAGAGCAGGUGCUGGGGAGACCUUGAGCCCUAUGAAGAGCCAGUGCUCUCCAUUGCCAAAAGGAAACUUAUUCAGUGUGCAACCCCCGACUCCAUCCUGCGCCUUAGAUACUCCUUUUUGCAUGAGGCUGAGCAAAUCCAAGACUUGUACUUCCACAAGCAGAAGCACAACAGCCUUGUUAGUGUUUUGGAAGAGACAGUUAACCAGCAGCCAAGGAAGGAGAAGACCACUGGGUUCUGCCUGCAGGUUUCUACACACGCAAGACUUCUAAAUGACAGAGAUUUAGAAGAGAUAAGGAAGAAACUUAAACUUCAAAAUAAAAUCCACUGUCUCUUCCUAAGCCAGUUUGACACCGAAUACACUUUCCGCCAGGAACUCAGGUACUGUAUUUUAGAUGAGAGGAGGCAAUCAACAGGCACAGGCCCAUCAUAUGUUGUACUGGCCACUCAAAUCCCACGAGUUCUGGGAGGCUGCAGCUACCUGGCAUUUGAUAGUGGUGAAUGGAUAUCAAUCCACUUGGAUGAACUGAUGCCCCCAGACAACUUUACAGGCAAUCUAGGCCAGCUUGCCAAAAUGACCAUUGCUGAGAUUUUCAUGACUGCUUUCCAUGGGUGUCUCCCAACAGGUUCUCCAGAGGAAUCUGCCGCUCUUGAAGAUCCAGCCAAGUCCAGCACAGAAGGAAGUCUACUCAGCAUGGAAUCUAUGAUCAAACAGAGCAUCCAGAAAGCCAUAAUCCAGCUGGAAGACAAGACAGACAACAGUCGGCGUGCCACUGAGAGAAUCACGAUCAUUCACAACUUGCUUUUCCAGGAUCAUAGUAGAACCACAUUGGUGGAUGCGAACAACAACCUGGAUCAUCUCUAUCCAGUGUCUCCAUUCUCAGAACUGUGGCUUCAGAUGUUCAAAGAAGAAUCAUUCUUGAGAAUUAAAUAUACCAGCAGGAAACAAGAUGCUAAGAUUUCCAUGACGUCAAUGACUGAAGACCCCAAUACAUCUGUGUUUUGCCAGUUCCCGUUCAGUUGGGUUUUGAAGGACUACCUGGAGGAACUAUGGGAGAGAGUCUAUAAUACAAAAGGUCAUCCAAAAGUGCCUAUGAAGGAACCAGCCGAACUGUUCCAAGCGCUGAUCAAGAAUGUGUUGAUGCCAAAUGGCAGUAAUCCAGAGAUGAUGCAGUGUUACACCAAUGACUUUCUAAGGAUGACUUUCCCUGGGCAAGAUCUUUCUGUCUAUGAGAUUCUGUCAAAAGCUCUCAUAGUCAAUUCGAAACAGCUCUGCUCCUCUGUGGGGCAGGAGGAGAUAAGCUUUUCCCCCAUUUGGCUUCAUAUGGAGUAUUUUUACCUACAAGAGGAGUAUCAACUCUUUAUUGACUUGGUGAAAACUGAUGAGACUGUGACAAGCGAGCUGCAAAAAAUGUACGAGAAGGACCUGCCAGAAAUGUUUAUCACUCUUGACGCCUUGAACAUUCUCCUGAAAAAGGUGCAGCCCACAGAUAAUCUUCUGUCAUUUAAGGCCUGUACAGAAUGGCUUAGAAGGGUCAAGUCCAUUAAACCCUGGAUGAAGUGGAUCAGUAUGGACAAUUACCAGAUUCAUCUUUACCAGAAGAAAAGGGAGCUCCUGAAGAGUGUGCUACACCAGUGGACCUGCACCAAUAUUGUCUACAUGUUCUUUGACCAUCUGCUGCACAAUGAGACACAAAUAGAUGAGAAGCUUCUGAGACUUCUUGUGAGGCAGUUCAUCUUCACCUGGAAUCGUCUGACUGAAACACAAAAUUUUGACCCAGCAGAAGCUUUUGAGUUGGUGACAAAAGUGCUCAAGAUAUGCAAUGAAAAUGCUGACACUGUGUACCUUGUGGAAGGUGUCGCAUGCCACAACAAAUUCAGGAGGAAAUGUAACUCUUUCUUCAUGGAAUUUGUGACCACCUCUGUCUUGGGAGACACAGGCACACCACCCCCUGAAGUCAUCACUCAACUGAUCAAAUUUGUGGCCUGCAAGCCACCCAGCCCUGAACACCAGGCAGUAAAAAGAGUGUGCAAGUCAAACAGUGAGCUCUCACCCUUUGAAGAAUGCAUGGACACCAGUCCAACAAUCAAGUCCUCCCUCUUGAAACUGCUCCUGAGACACGGGUUCAAUAACAUAAAGGUUCACCUGGAAAAAUACCUUUCUGAGAUGGAGGAAAAGAUAACCUCCAACAAAAGGAACUGGAACCAUUUCUACUUCAUGGUGGUGCAUUGUCUGGAGGAUUUUAUGUAUCCUUCUUCCCAAGAUGAUGUCAACCAGCUUGCUGAAAGCUUCCUCUCCACUGCAGACCUUUCUGCUUUCUGCUCAUGCAAGGCCUCAAAAAUUGACACCCUCCAGUUCAUAGCCCGUCUCCGGUUCUCCAUCAGCCAUGUGGCCACAGUGCUUGGCAGACAGGUGCUCUAUGCUGCAGAUCCAAACAUACCGUCUCUUUGUGGGAACAAGCAAGAGGAGCAAGACCUGGUGAAUGCAAUGAAGAAGCUGGUGGAAAACGCACAGACACCAUGGCCUCAAACAUUCCUUAUUGAAAAUCUCUGCCACAAUUAUGGUUUCAUCCCAAUGCAGAAGAUCCUUCAGGCAGAAAAAUGGAUUUUACCCACAGGGGUUGAAAUAUCAGAGCAUAUGGGUGCCUGGUCAAAUAUAACAUUGAUGUUUUCGGUGCUGGACAGAGCAGAAAAUCAAAUAAAAAACAAAGAUCCCCAGGAAGUCCAGAGACUGAUGCCUGUCAUAAAACAGAUGGAAAACAUCCUCCAAACACCAUUGCUCCCAGAAGAGCCUCUGGAAAACAAGAUGAAGAAGAUCGUGGAUGCUCUGUGCAGACACAAAAACAAGGUCUUGAUGGAGGUGGUGGUUCACACUGCAUUUACUCUGGCCUUAUCCCCAAGUCCCCUCGCUCAGCUUUUCAGAAAUAUCUGCUUUAAGCCUCAUGUGGUGAAGUUUGUCAAUGUGGAUCAUACUGGAUUAUCACCGACCUCAGAGGAUAAAACAGGAAAAGGAUACAUCCUUGGGAGUCCUUCAAUACGGAGAAUUGAAUUGGAGAGGGACCUGUCACCUGCCUCUGUCUGUCUAGCAAGAGCUCUGCUGCAUUCAUCCAUGCUGCUGGGGUUCUAUACAGAUAAACAGGCCCUGGACCAGAACCUUACUUGUGUCAAGCAGCAUAGGUUGAGAAGUCCUCAGGGCUCCAACCUGCUCCUACAAAUAGCUUAUGGCCAGAUGACUCCUUUCAAAGACCAGCCACACCUUGGACUUAUUGGCCUAUCCUACAUGUGGAGAUUUGAACAGAAGACAUCCAUCCAGACCCUGAUUCAUCUCCUUCAGCAAGAAUACAGAGAAGGUGAAGGAAACAGCUACCCUGUUCUUCUGGAGCUCAUGUCUAAGCUCCAAAACAUCCAGCAUGUCCAACACCUGCCUGACAUUUUCAGUCUGCAGAAAGCUCUGAUCCACUUCUUCCAGAACAGCCAUGGAGGGGAAAUAUACUCCAUCCAACAGUUUCUGGAUCAACAGGAACUUUCAGAUGCCAGAGUCCCCCAAGACCUGUUGCCAAAGGACAUCAAUGCCAAUACAGCUGUCCUGAAACUCCUCCCAACUCCACUCUCUAUCAGCUACUUUGUGACAAGACUCCUCAUACAGCUCCAGAACAGUUGUGUGGAAACAGCUACACAAAUCACAAAGGAGAAGCAAAGGAUCAUCCCUGCAGAAGAAGUGAAAUCAUCUUCGGUGCUGAAGAUAACUGAGAAUGAUCUGAUCACUGUGACGAUGGCCACCUCCCAGUAUGUGAUAGAGGAAGAUGGCACCAAGACAACACAUUUUGACUUCCAGACACUGCAGCGGCAAAUGAUCCAACAUUUUAUCAGUGGGAAACCUAUCAUCAAAGCUCAGGAACCACUAAGUGUGAACCAGCUGAAACAGAUCAUGGAAGAAGCCAGAUCAGUGAAUGCUAUUUCCCAAACACUUGCCACCUUGAAAGUGGCUGCUGAGUUCCUGGCUGUGACCAGCGGAGACCCAGAGCGCCAGUUGUCUGAGUACGUAAAAAAUGAGCUGAAGAUGGAUGCAAGUGUAGAACAGUUCAGAGACAUGCCGGUGGUACCGAACGCUCAGCUGAAGCACAUCCUGUCUCUGUGGCAGACAUUGUCAGCAAAGAGAUCUGUGCUGCUGGUGCAGAUGAAUCAGAAUCCCUUCUGCCUGGUUUCUAAGCAGUACCACGAGGACUUAAGUGCAGAGGAGGAGAAGGCUCUGACUACUGUACUCUCCACCGUUAACCUGGACUUGUUCCUCAUUGAGCUCCACGAGAUGAUCAUUGUGCCUCUGGAUAGCUUUAAUCCACAGUGGGGACUAAAGGAAACUUUCAGACUCUUCCUGGAAGACAGGCAAGAUGAGGCCUACAUUGCAAACCUGACAGACACUUUGAGUCCAGACCUACUGCUGAAGAAUGUUGUUUCCAUCUGGAAGACAGCUGUGAGAACCAGCAAACUUCAUAGCCCAACUUACAUCCAGGAGAGACCAACCUAA